AUGAGUGGCGCUCCCACGUUGCCACCCACCGACACUCCGCGCGGUAUGUUUGGACGCACUGAACGUAUAGUAGCCCUACUGACUAGCCAGGUGCUCGCACAGCAGCAAGACAUCAAGGAAUUGAAAGAAGUUCUUUUAGAAAGAGGAGGGGUCCAUGUUGGAAGAUUUAGCAGGGGAGCAAACUUCGUUACGGAGCCAGGAGGCAUGCGAGGCGACAUGCCAACAAGCGGGGAAUUCUUUAGUGCAGCGACAGGCGACACCGCGCCGCAGGACUGCAAGAGUGGAGAAUGCGCAGCCUCCACGCUUCCGGAGGAAUGGAGACACAGCAUACAGAAUUAUGUCGCGGAUAUUCUCGAACUGUAUCUGCAUCAGGUGGAUGAACAACUCGCAAAUAUUUUGGUUAGCAGACUCCGCGCCGUCACUCGAGAGCAUGUUGCGCGCACGUUUGAGAGGGAGGCACGCAAGGUGACGAAGGAGCGACUUCAAAAUGUGGCUCCCCACUGCAGGACGAAACGAAGGUCAUCUUCCAGGACAACUAAAUCAUCGGGAAGACAAAAUGACAGUAACAACCGAGCACAUUUCGCUUCUUCCUUAGACGACACCGCUGCUUCUGCGCCCAGUGGACCUCCUCGUGAUAAGAGAACGACGUGGGGCAAUUGCACAGCAUGCGCAAGUUCAUCAGGGUAUUCGGCGAAAACAGCGAAACCAUUGAAUGGGCAACAAUGUGCAUCGUGUCUUGGGUCGGCGCUACUGGAACCGUAUGCGUCAACGGUUUCCUAUGACCGGUCCUUUAUGGACUCAGGUCCAUCACUUCUACCAUGCUUUGACCAGUUGUUCCCCGAAUCCAGUGGUCGUUCCCAUAACGUGACGCGGGCAGACCAUAAGCGGUUAGCCUCGCACUCCCAUAUUGAUCGUCGCUCAUCUCCUUCAGGUAUUGGGGGGCGCGAUUUCUCGAGUUGCUGCCACAUCCUCAGCGGGGAGCACCACGACUCCGGUUCUUUAGGCAACAGCGUCAACGCGACGAACGCGAGUGACGACGUGGAAGUACUGGUAGAUGUUUUCAAGGGGCGAAAACCACCAAAGGAAGUGAAACGACUUAUCCCUUGGGAGUGA